AUGGCUGGCCCAGCCGUCCACAAAUACCAGUUAUGGGAAGAUUUGCUGAUGGAGAGCCCCCAGACGGUGUUGGAUUUCGGGAGUUGGGAUCGAGCUUGCGAGCUCGCGCCGUGUUGCGCGUGGUCAGGGGGGACCGCCGCAGGCGGGCCCGACUGA